GAGCUGGGCCGAGAGAAGGCUCGGGGAGCACUGACCACUGACAUGCCCUCUGCGUUGUCUAUGAGGCCCUGGGAUGCUGCACUCCCCAACACCACUGCAGCAGCAUGGACCAAUGGAAGUGUGCCGGAGAUGCCCCUGUUCCAUCACUUUGCCCGGCUGGAUGAGGAACUGCAAGCCACCUUCCCCAGCCUGUGGCAAGCACUAAUGGUCGUGCACGGCACCAUCUUCCUUGCCGGGCUGGUGCUCAACGGACUGGCACUGUAUGUCUUCUGCUGUCGCACGCGGGCCAAGACCCCUUCAGUCACCUAUACCAUCAACCUGGUGGUGACUGACCUGCUAGUGGGCCUGUCCCUGCCCACACGCUUUGCUGUCUUCUACGGUGCCCGAGGCUGUCUGCGCUGUGCCUUCCCUCAUGUCCUGGGCUACUUCCUCAACAUGCACUGUUCCAUCCUCUUCCUCACCUGCAUCUGCGUGGACCGCUACCUGGCCAUUGUGCAACCCGAGGGUUCCCGCCGCUGGCGCCAGCCGGCCUGCGCCAAGGCCGUGUGCAUCUUUGUGUGGCUGGCAGCAGGAGUCGUGACCCUGUCUGUGCUGGGUGUGAAGUCGGGUGGACGAUCAUGCUGCCGUGUCUUUGCUCUGACCGUUCUGGAGUUCCUGCUGCCUCUGCUGGUCAUCAGCGUGUUCACAGGCCGGAUCAUGUGUGCGCUGUCGAGGCCGGGUCUGCUACGCCAGGGCCGUCAGCGGCGCGUGAGGGCCAUGCAGCUGCUGCUCACGGUGCUGGUCAUCUUCCUGGUCUGUUUCACACCCUUCCAUGCCCGCCAGGUGGCUGUGGCACUGUGGCCUAACGUACCUAAGCAUACCAGCCUUGUGGCUUACCACGUGGCUGUCACCCUCAGCAGCCUCAACAGCUGCAUGGACCCCAUUGUCUACUGUUUCAUCACCAGUGGCUUCCAGGCCACUGUCCGAGGCCUCUUCUACCAGCGUGGAGAAGAAUUCAAGCCCAGCAGUAUGGAUGUGGUCAGCAUGCACAAGAGCACCAAGGCCUCAGCUCCCAUUCACAUCCUCAGCAUCGGUUCCCACACCCUUACCCAGCCUUUGACCAACGGGCCUGAGCCGUAGGCGGCAGUACUCUGCCAAGGGUCAAAGGUCAAGGCUCUAGGAGGUUACCAGGCAACCACAUCAUGGUCCUGGACAGCAAGUUGAUUUCCUACUGAUCCGUUGGAUAUGGCUGUCCAGUGUGUUAUGUUGACAACCUGAGCCCACUGUGCUGUGAUUGAUUAGCAAUGUCUGUAAGGGCUCCAGAUGGGGUAUAAUGGUAUGAAUGCUGGAUGCUGCACUUUCCUGUGGCUGUGUAGUAUCCCCUGAACACUCAAAAAGGUAUCUAGGAGCUUCUCCUAGCCUCUGUGAAUUUGUUCCCUGAAGAAACUCUUCCAGAGAAAGCACAAAGAUCAACUUUCUGAUGACUCCCAGGAGGGUUAAACCCAACCAGAAGAGUUCACCACAGGCAGAUGGAGAAACAAGAGGAGAAGGUCAAUGUUUUGGGGGCAAUAGUGUUAGGUACAGGGAGUGGAGACACCCCAGGCUUCUGUGAACUACACCACAGGCCAGCAUAGCAAUCCAAGGUGGCCCUCUGUGUAUCAGGAGUUGGACUUGGGUAUCUGGUUGGCAUUUGAACCACUGCAACCCCAAAUGAAGAGGCUAGUUUUAGUUGUAUUCUUGUGUGUGUGUGUGUGUGUGUGUGUGUAGGCACGCAGAGGGGGAAUUGACCCAGUCACCACCACUGGAUUAUAGUGGUGCCAAGACUCAAUCUUACAGGCUCCAGCAUCCCAGCUCCUGCUUCCAUGGCUACCUCUCAGACUCCAAAGACCCAGCCCGGGAACAGUCCUGAACCCACUAACCACUGCCCCAGACUCUGUGUGGCCACAGUCCUCUCCAGUGGUAGAAAAUGUUAGGAAUAAAGAUACAAAGCAACUCAAACUCAGGGCCAACAGCCCAAGGCCUCUUUGUCUUGUAGGCUCCCCCUCUGGGGGCCAGGGCUCCCAAUAGGGAUGAACCUCUGAUCACCAGCUCCGUGCUGCAUUCCAGAGAGUCUCAUUCUUGCUCUUCUCUAGUGCUAGGCUCCUGUUUGGUGUUUGGGGGAGUGGUCUGUAGUGGAGGGGCAGGCUCUGAGUCACAAUUCCUGGAGCAGAAUAGAUGAAAUUUGGGCCCAGAAGGUACACUGAUCUAGUGAGACGUCUCCUAUGUUCCAGGGACCUGGGACUUGAGCAGCUGGGGACAGGGGGUAGUUAGGACAGGGGCAGGAUACACAGUUUCCACUGGUUCCAGGCGGGGCACCCAUAUCCAAGUUCAGGGGGGGGCUGUGUGAGAGCAAGAAAGAUAGUCAGGGCUCUACUUUUCAGCAAGGAGUCUGGGCAUGGGAUUAUAGGUCACUGCUAAACUUCUAGCCCAACAUGCAUGUGCCCUGGAUCCAACUUCUAGCCCAACACAACUGAACAAAACGUGGACCAGGGCCUGAGGUUUAGAAGGAAGGCUUUGUAGAGGACAUGGGUGAGGAGUACAUUUUGUUACUCCAGGCUGAUUGGUCAUGUUGUCAGACCCUGUCCCUGUCCCCGUUCCUGUCCCUGGCCUGUCCCUGUCCCUGUCCCUGUCCCCGUCCUUGUCCCAGUCUCCCACCCUCCUUAUCCCAAUUAGGUCUCCAUUUCCUGGCUGGGAUGACCUGCAGUUCAGAUAUCAAAAAAACAUAUGAAGUCAGUGGUGCAGGACCCUGUCUGGGGCUCUAUAUUCUAUAUUCUGUAUUCUGUAUUCCUGUCUGUAUACCUGAGAAGCAGGUAGCAAAAUCAUGGCAUUCUUUUGCCCCUCUAACCACCAGUAAACCCUCACUAGAGGCUUCUGUUGUGCCUCAUACUGAGGUCCCUCCCCAAACACUAGGUCAUGUUAGGCCAGAGACCCUCCUCCACCCUAAGGACUCUCUCAAGAUCCCAUAGGCUACUCAUGACUCUCCUGGGCACCCCAGGCCUGUGUCUUUAUGAUUUGAGGGGUGAUGCCCCUCUGACCAUGAUCCCCUUCUGUACUAUGAGAUCCACUUAGAUCUCAGAGAGGUGGGGACUGCGGGCAAUGGAAAGGAAGGCUGAAGCAGGACAAUGGCUUGCUUAAAGAUCAGUCGGAGCUCGCCCCUCUGGGAGCCAGUGAUCACAGAGAGCUACACCAGCCCCUUUGGCUUCCCAUGACUACCACUCAAACCUUCUUUUUCCGGCAUGCCCCAGUCUCCUACCCUAACCCCACUGUUCCGUGCCACACCAACCAGUCUGUUAUCUCUGCCCUCUCCCAUCCCCAUCAAAGCUCAGUAUCCUGGCUCCCUGUUGUUAACAUUCUAAUUCACACUAAAGAGUGAAUGACUAGGCUUGGUGCUAAGGAGCUUGCAAUUAGUCUGGUACAAUCCUUUCUAGAAGAAAGGGAUCCCUAAAGUGAAGGAAUAGAUUCCCCUCCCAUCCUAUCCCUAAGUCUAAAGCAACACCAUCAACCUGUGUUCCCCAGGGCCUUGGAAGCUUCCUGGCCUUAAGAGCCUUUAGUGAAGGAUUUUGAGGACCUAGGCAGGAGCUUGUCACCAUUCAAGCCACGAGGACUGGCUGCCAUCUCAGGGGUCCAAGAGCCAGGCUUGGGACCAUCUUCCCACCUCUGAGAACUCAGACAACCUCUCUUGAGGCUAUAGGGCCUUGGCUUCCUCAUACCCACUCCCUUUUCCUCUCUUUGGAGAUGGAGAGUGUUCAUGGCAAGGCAUCUUAACAGGUCUCCCUGGUCUUGGGAGGUCAGAACGUCACCCUAUUCCGGUGAUAUUUUGGCUAAGGGUUUGUCCGGGAGGGCUUUGCUUGGGCCCAUGGUUCCCAGGCUAUGAGGACUUGGUGACCAGUCUCUCUUCCCUCCCCAAAAUUUUCAAAACGCCAAUGACGUGAAAUGUGUAUUUAUAUCCGAUGUAAACAGCAUCCUUCGCUGGAAGCCCUGGCCCUAAAUUAACACUGUUUAUUUUCUCUGUGCCUGGCUGAGCGCCCAGCUGGCAGGUGGGGGCUGUGGGGUGGGGGAGUACCCAGCCUGAAGGGACCUGUGUGCCCCUCCCUCUCCUCUCACUGUGGAACACCCAAGGGAGGGAAUGAAGAGAUAGAUGAGCAGCUAGAUGCCUCACAGUAUCUCACCAGAUCUUUAAAGUGUGACCUACAGGUAGAGGGAGCACUGGCCCAUCUGUGGUCCUACUAAGUUCCUAGAAUCCAUUCUCUUUGCCCUUAAAGGUGAGGGUACCCACUUCAGUUCAUUGAUGGGAACACCGUGUCUAGGAAGGUUCUGCUUAGUCCUCUGGUAUCCAGCUUUUGUCUCUCAAACAGCCUGGCUGGCCUUAGCCCUAGAAGGCUCAGUGGAGGCAGGAGUGCAGGGAGAGACUGACAGGGGUGCAGGGAGGGACUGACAGGGGUGCAGGGAGGGACUUUGGCUGUACAGGGCUCAUCAUUCUUCCUGUCUGGCACCCUAGAGCAGCCGGAGGCGUCUAGAGGUAAAUAUUAGGGACUGUUUAGAUUAACCUCCAUUAAUAGCAGGAAAUGUCACCUCGGAUGCCUGCCCUGGCUUCCUGUAGGCCUGAGGCGAGGCUAGUCCAGCUCGAGCUGCUGGCGUGCAGAGAAUUGCUCGAGUGAAUUCCAAGCUCACACCCUCCACACCCAUGCUCCCAAGCUCAAGGCCAUCUUCUAGAGUGGGAGGGCUGGGCCUGCCACUGCUUCCUGAACCUCACUCUCACUUCCUAGGGGGAUCCUGGAAGCUGGGUACGAACUAGGGAAGGAGACAUCACCUGGCUGGUUGUAGUACCACCACAUAUCCUCUGGGCUCGGCUCUCUUCUCAUAGGGGAAAAGUGAGGUUGGAAAAAGGAGAUAAGGCAGUGCCCUCCAGUGUUACCCAAGGACCAGACUGGAACUCUUCACACAGACCAUGCCACAGCCAGGACCCACAUACACAGGAGCCGCUGAAAAUGUGUGUCUGGCCAAGGAGGCAGAGAGCUAUAUCCCCUGAAUGCCAGCAAGGGUCACUUGGCCUCAGAGUGAGAAUAGGGCAGAAAAGGUGAGAAGGCUCCUCCGACUCCCAAAUCACAUUCCUCUCUUGGGUACAUCUUCCCUAUUCCAGAGUCCACAGGACCUCAUGGCCUAGGAAGACCCCUAGAUUAUUCAGUCCACAGUGCUUCCCUGCCUGCCUGUGGCCCCUCCCUCUGCCUCUACCCCAUCUCAAGACGGUUCUACUCACAAUAUUGCCAAUACCUCCCAACACUUAUUCGCCUGGGGACCACCUCCCUCCUUUGCCUUGCUCCCGGAGGUCACUUGUGCCCAGAUCCACUCCUCCCCAGACCACUGCAAGACAGGACCUAUUUCUCAGCACCCUCCACCCUGCGCCCCUUCCCAACUCUCACCCCAUCAACUUUACUAUCUUACUUUACUGUCUAUCACUAACCAUCCUAAGGCCUUCUGAUUCUCCAGGUGAGCCCAUUGUCCCACACCAUGACAUCUUCCUGCACCCUGGUACUGGUUGGUAGCCUGCUGGCACAGCUGGGACCAGGCUUGGGUCAGCCUGUGACAGCAGUGAGUGAGCCCGGUCAAAGGAGAGCUUCAUGGCAAAGAAGGAGUCCUCCACCAUAGCCUUCUCCCCAUCAGCUUCCUCAUCUGCAACCAGAUCUCAAGGUCACCGGCUCCCAGCUCCAGCAAAGGGGUAAGGGAGCCUCCAGAAUCACCAAGCCUGCUUCCCCUCUGCCCACUACCUGGUUAUCCGAUCUCAUCUGAGACUUAAAUGGGAAAUGUUCUAUACAUGUUCCGUGAACCUUUGGUUCCUGCCCCCCACCCCUCUGUUAGCCCUUGGUCUCCUUAGACCUCAAGUGGCAAGGUUGUAGAUGAGACCCACCUUACCCUGAGUGGAAGUCCAAUCUGUCAUAACCUGAGGAGGUCAUCAGACAUAAGUAGAGUCUAGGCUGGGCAGGGAUGUUCCCUGCCAUGUUCCCUGUAGUGACCCAUCAGUCUCUUUGCCAUAGUGGGCUCUCUAGGUUGAUGACAUAACAGUACUUCCGGGUUUGGGGCAGUCAUUAUAUUUUACAUGGACUGGGUCCACAAACCACCAAUUCACAGGGGACACAGUAGGAAAGGCACUGGAGGCCAGAGCCUGCUAAUCUGGGAUGGGGCUCUGAAGAGCUGGAACCAAGGUUACCACCUUCCUGCUUCUCAUCUGCUGCCCACACAAAGCCUGUCAUUUCUUGGCGGCAGUAACCAGGUUUCUAAGAAGAUCAUGAGUCCUACGGCUCCAGCCUCCUGUUGCUUUACUCAACAAAGGAAGCACCUCAGGUUGGGGAGUAGGGACCAGGUCCCAGUGGGCUUCACUUCCUGACCAGACCAGGGCUGCUACCUCCCACCCCUGCAUAGCAAAGGCACCCAAACCUACAGUGAUAAGAUGUACCAAGCCUCCCCACCACACUGACCCAUGAUGUCAAGUUCUUGUCUGUGAUGGGGAACCUGAGACCUUGAGGUCCCCACCUCAUUCUUCCUAGAGCAAAGCCAUGGGUCAUAUCAGGGAAGUUUCCAGAGCCCUGCUCCAGAGUUCAUAGCCUCAUGAGGACAGGCGUCCUGGGAAGGUCCAAACCAAAGGAACAGGACAUUCCACUUUUCUGCCAAUUGCUCAUGUUCUUUUAAGGUCUUCUUCUGACCUUUAGUGGACUUUGUCUACCUUAAAGUGAGAAUACAAGAAUAAGUGAGCGUGUGUGGCCAAUGCAGAAGGAUUAUCUCAAGUUCAUGGUCACCAUAGGCUACAUAAUAAGACCCUGUCUCAGAAGAAAAACAUACAAAUAAGUGUCUAUACAUAUAUUGGUACAUGUGUCUACAAACACGGAAACACAUGCUUCUAGUCAUUUGAAUGUAUAUCUGCAUAUAUACAUAUAGUGUGCAUAUGCAGAUAUAUAUGAAAGUGUACGUGUAAGUUUGUGUUUAUGUAUACAUAGAUGUGAGUCUGCAUGUAUAUGCCUGUAUAUGCAUGUGUGUACAAGUAUAUAUGUACACCAUGUGUGAGUAUGUGUAUGCAUAGCUUUAAGUCUGUGUGUGCAUGUAUGUAUACAUAUAGAUAUGUGUAUAUGUAUGACAUGUGAGUCUGUGUAUACAUGGAUGUUAAUCUGUAUAUGUAUCUGCAUGUGCAUGUAUAUUUGUGUAUGUAUAUUUAUGUGUGAGUCUGCAUAUACACAGGUAUAAGUCUAUAUGUAUGUAUAUCCAUGUAUAUAUGUGUAUGUAUGGUAUAAGUCUGUGCAUACAUGGUUAUAAGCCUUUGCAUAGGUGUCCGUGUGUCUGUAUGCAUGUGUGUGCACGUGAUGCUUGUCAUGGCUGACAACCUGAAAGGAAAAGGAGUCACCUGGGAGACACCAUGUCCAAAGAGGUUUAACUGAGAAGGGAGGCCCACCCUCAGAGUGGGUGAUACCUUCCUACAGGUAGCCCAGAUAUGGAGGUCUGAGGAAAAGGCAGAGCUGCGCACCUUCUUGUCUUUCUGAAUGGGUUUGAAGCAGCACCAAUAGAAAGACGUUUUUCUGCACUCUGGCUGGAUCGAUAGGAAAGGUCUCCUGAGGGGCAGGACCCCGCUUCCCGCAGCAAUUCUCUGUGUUACUUUCCUUAUUGCCAUAACUCAACAACUGAAAAGAAACACCUUAAGGAUGCUGGUAAGGCGGCUCAGCAGGAACAGGCACUUGCAUGCCAGCCUGACAGAGCUGAGUCCCAUUCCCAUGCCCCACCAGGUGACAGGAAAGAACCAAAUCCUGUGAGUUGUCCUCUGACUGCCACAUGCACACCACGGCAUACUCCCACCUGCACUCUCACACAUGCAACAAGUAAUAAAUAAAAAUAUUUUAAAAGACGAAACUAGGGCUGGUGAGAUGGCUCAGUGGGUAAGAGCACCCGACUGCUCUUCCGAAGGUUCAGAGUUCAAAUCCCAGCAACCACAUGGUGGCUCACAACCAUCUGUAACAAGAUCCGACGCCCUGGAGUGUCUGAAGACAGCUACAGUGUACUUACAUUUAAUAAAUAAAUAAAUUUUU